UAUGGCAGCGCCCAUGCACGUCUGGGAUAUGCGUGAUGUCAAAGAUCCGGUACGUAACCAGCAUAUGGAGCUGCCAGCAGCGUGUCAGUGACUGAGUGCACCGUCUGGAUCUCAAAUGUUGUACUGACUGUCACUAGUUGACUUUGUACAACUCACUCCAACACUAUGUAGCAGUGUGUAGAUCAUAGUCAGCGUCGGCUGCAUCUACUGCUGCCGGCACUGGCCAGGUGGACUUCCUGGCCGUGCUGGCCGCGUAGUACAUGAUGUACAAGUACAUGUACAUGCAUGUACAUGUAAGUUACGCUUUUGCCAUUGAUGACUGACGGCAUCUUGGUGCCUGUUCAACGGUUCUGCGAUCUGUGGAACUGAGCCGAGUCUUAAUGCAUUUUGUGAUUUUUAGUUACUCACAGACCUUCCGUUAAUUGUCACCCAAUCGAUACUCUUGUUGUCGUAAGCGAUGACAAAAUGAGUUUUCUUGAGGAUAUUGCUUCAUUUCCUCGAAGUGCUCUUAAGCAAGUGGAGACCCAAGUCACCACUCCGGGAGGCCAUAUUCUUGUCGAGACCAGAGUCGACGGGAGUUUCACCCAGAGACCAGUCGAAGGAAAAAGCUUUGGAUUCGUGGGCGAUGUGAAACCAGACUUUCAAGUUGUUGAAGUUAGACCUGGCCUUCUCUUUGGUUCUCAGGAUGUUGCAACCAACCUUGAAUUGUUAAAUCAAUACAAAGUGACUCACAUCUUGAACGUCGCAACCGGCAUCAGCAAUGUCUUCCCGGACAACUUCAUCUACAAAACUGUGGAGAUUUUGGACCUGCCUGGAGUGGAGAUUACAGGGCAUUUCGAGGAAUGUUUUGAAUUCAUUGACAGCGCAAGAGAUAAAGGAAAGGCGCUGGUUCAUUGCAACGCCGGCGUUUCUCGCGCGCCCUCUAUCGUCAUUGGGUACAUUAUGUCCAAAGAAGGAGCGUCUUUCCAAGCCGUGUUUGAAGAAUUGAAGGGAUUGCGACCCGCCAUCAGGCCGAACGACGGUUUCAGACAAAGUCUUGUGAACUACGAAGCGACUCUGAUGAAUAGAAAUAGAUAAUCACCUUCACCAAGUGGCUAGAAAGCUUGAGAACAUUGAAAUACAUAAUCAGACUUUUCUUGUAAUACAUGUAUUCAUGAUAGCCUCAAAACGGGGGAACCAACACUGCUGGUAAAAGUAAGCACUCGGAGUACGCUAGCAAGUCCAGGCUCGACUUCUGGCAUGUUAAUUAGUAGUACUGUAAAAACCAGACGAAACUACAUGUAGCUGUGUGUAAACGAACGAAUCCGAGCUUGGCACAUGCCCCGAGCAUAUUUAACAGCUCAAUAUGCAUAAAUUUCGAUGUAGCUCUACCAAGGCUAUUUAUAGGUAACAAUUAUUGUUGUGUUUGUGUUAUUUAUUAUUACUCAUUUAUUAGCAAGAUUGAGAGUCAAAGGUUUGUUUCGAAGAAUUAGCUGUUUUAGCUUAUAAUGUGGAUGCUGUUUGUAUUGAUAUGUAUGUCAUCACUGCAUUGCAUCGUCAAUUUACUCUAUUGUUCCCACUCUGUGUGUUAAUACCAGUACAGAGAAAUACUGUAAUAAUCCUUUGGGAUGAUGACGAUUAGAAAAAAAAAUGAUGACCAGACUAAAUGACCAUGGUGUUGGUAAGUAUUUAUUUUGAUUUCUGUGAAUAUAACACGUUGUCUUGCGUGGUGCAUUAAAACAGUUAUAGACAUAUCGAUUAACUCUA